AACAAGUUGAAUGGGCUAGGAGGAAAGACAAAUAUUUGAAUUGGUCUAUAGAUGUAUCAAGCACGCAUUGGGCAUAGCCCAUCCCCAUUUCACUCGCUUUCGACCAAGGUUGUUGUCAUUUUAAAUCUCAUUGCCGCUUGUUUAAUGCCCUAUAAAUAAAUCAUCCAUUUGACAGAAAAAUAUACUAUCUCAUAUAUUUUGUGUGUGUGCCUAUAGAGAGGAGAGACAAGAUUGAAUUCAUCAUAUCCUUUACAUAUUACUAUCUUUGUUUAUCUCUAACGAAUUCUGUGCAGAUUGUUAGAAAAUUAAACACAUAGCAGGAAUUCUGUGCAGAUUGUUAGAAAAUUGAACACAUAACAGGAACUAACUCGAACAUCAUGAGAGUGUAAAAAAUCGCCUAAGUACGAAACUCAUUCUUCUCUCAAGAAAAUACAUAACUUUGACACCAUGGAUCAAACUUCUCUGGACGUCAUGGCGGGCUUCAUCAGCUUCGUAAUCGCCGCCAUACUCUUCACCGCCAUAGGGAUUAUGAUCUGCAAGAAUAAACGAUCACAGACCCAGGCGACCCAAGACCCAACCUCAAUAAUUGUCCCAACUCCGAACCCUAAGCAAACCACCAUAACCGUCGAGGAGAUCGCCUCCUUCGACCCGUCGCUCCAGAUAUCCAUGAGCGACAUAAUCGCCGCAACGAAGAACUUCUCCGCUGACUUGGUCACCAGCGACAGCAGACUCGGAAUCGUCUAUAAGGCCGAGCUCCCCAACGGCCUCAAACUCGCUGUGAAGAAGCUCGCCCCUGACGCCUUCCAAGGCUUUAUGGAAUUCCGAUCGGAGCUCGAAAUCCUCGGCAAGCUCCGGCAUCGGAACAUCGUACGGCUCCUCGGCUACUGCAUCGCCGGCGCCGAAAGAGUUCUCAUCUAUGAGUUCUUCGAGAAGGGCAAUUUGGACGUUUGCCUCCAUGAUUUGUUCUCCGAUUGUGCGCGGUUUCCGUUGCGCUGGCAGACAAGGAUUAAGAUUCUCCGGGGUGUGGCAAAUGGGCUGGCAUACAUGCAUGCCUUGGAAAAGCCCAUUAUCCAUAGGGAUGUAAAGGCCGAAAAUAUCUUUUUGGACUCCCAGUUUGAGGCCCAUAUUGUUGAUUUUGGGCUCGCUCGGAUGGUCAAAGCCGAACAUACUCACGUGUCGACCCGAGCGGCCGGCACGAUGGGCUACAUGCCGCCCGAGUAUGAAGAAGGAUUCACAACGGCGACGGUGAAGGGUGACGUAUAUAGUUUUGGCAUAUUGAUGUUGGAAGUUGCGACGGGAAGGCGACCCAAUUUGCCAGUCUCCAUGAACGGGGAAACGACGAGCUUAUUGAAGUGGGCAAAAGAUAUGAUUGCUCAAAAUCAAGCAAAGGAGAUGUUGGACCCAAAUAUUUGGGUUUACGGUUCGACAGGAUUGGAUGACUCUAAAAUUUUGGAGUAG